AUGCCUACGAACGGCGACAUCAUGGAUCAGACAAAUGGAGCGCCACAGGACCACGAUGCAGCCGCCGAGACCGUCGCUGCCAUUGCACAAGCACAAGCCAUGAGCGCCGAUGAGAUCGCGCUCUACGAUCGUCAAAUCCGUCUCUGGGGCGUGCAGGCUCAGGAGAGAAUGCGCUCUGCCAACAUCCUACUCAUCUCCGUCAAGGCCUUGGGUACAGAGAUCGCCAAGAACCUGAUCCUCAACGGCAUUGGCUCCUUGACCAUUGUCGACAGGGAGCAAGUGACUGAAGACGACCUGGGUGCUCAGUACUAUGUUCGCGAAGAAGAUGUUGGUCGCAACAGAGCAGAAGCUGCUGCAGAGCGCCUCCAGGAGUUGAACCCCAGAGUUGCCGUCAGAACCGACAGCAGCGACAUCGUGACAAAGGAUCAGACUUACUAUGCCCCCUUCCAACUCGUCAUCGCAUGUGAUCAGAACCUGGAGACCAUGUCCACCAUCAACGCCGCAUGUCGACUUGUCAACCGCCCAUUCUACGCUUCUGGUAUCCACGGCUUCUACGGCUUCAUCUUCGCUGAUCUGAUCUCGCACGACUAUGUUAUCGAACGCGAGACCUCAAAUCUGCCUACCGUCGUCAAGCAGGAAUCUAUGACCCGCAGCAUCAUCGGAGUGUCGACCAAGAAGCAGAACGGCAAAAACAUCGAAACUGUCACAAAACGUGAAAUUUACUCCCCGCUACUUCUGGCCAACACCUCCCCCUUGCCAGACGACAUCAUCCGCAAUCGUCGUAAGAUGAGAUCAGUCACACCACUUCUCCCUUGUCUGCGCGCACUGUGGGACUUUGAGCGCAACCAUCAUCACCUGCCAGACCAGAACUCCAAGCCUGACUUAGCCGAGUUCACUCGUAUGGCCACCAACAAGCUUAAGGAGCUCCAGAUGCCGGUCGAGACACUCACAGCUGAAUUCCUCCGCAGCUUCUUGCACAACAUCGGCAGCGAGAUCGUGCCCACCGCUGCCUUUGUCGGUGGCAGACUUGCAGAAGACGUCAUCAACGUACUCGGCAAGCGUGAGCAACCCAUUCAGAACUUUGUCAUGUUUGACGGUGAAAACUUCGAGGGACCCAUCUACGCUCUGCAGACAUUUCUCAAGCCCAACGGCAUGGGUGUACCUGAAGUGCAGCCCACUGAACUCGAGCUGGAGCACAUGCAAAAUGGCCAUAGCAAUGGAGUGCAGAUCGACAAUGCCAUCUCCACGGAGCCUGCCAAUGGCGAGAACGCUAUCCAAGAAGAGGUUGUCGAGCCUCUGCUCAUCGAGUAA